UACCAACGCCUUGUCGGACCGAGAGGAUGCAGACAAUAAAGUGUGUUGUGGUGGGCGAUGGCGCCGUGGGGAAGACCUGUCUGCUGAUCUCCUACACAACUAACAAGUUCCCCUCUGAAUAUGUGCCCACGGUGUUCGAUAACUAUGCAGUGACUGUAAUGAUUGGCGGGGAGCCGUACACGCUGGGGCUGUUCGACACUGCAGGUCAGGAGGACUACGACAGGCUGCGACCACUCAGCUACCCCCAGACCGACGUCUUCCUGGUCUGCUUCUCCGUCGUGUCCCCGUCCUCUUUCGAGAACGUCAAAGAGAAGUGGGUACCUGAGAUCUCUCACCACUGUCCCCGCACGCCUUUCCUGCUGGUGGGAACUCAAGUUGACCUGCGGGAUGACAGCAACACCGUGGAGAAACUGGCCAAAAACAAACAGCGCCCCCUGUCUUCUGAGAGCGGCGACAAGCUGGCCCGGGACCUGCGUGCCGUCAAGUAUGUGGAGUGCUCCGCCCUAACGCAGCGAGGACUGAAGAACGUGUUUGACGAGGCCAUCCUGGCCGCCCUGGAGCCCCCCGAGACCAAGCCCAAGAAGCGCUGCACUCUGCUAUAGAGCGGGAGAGAGAAACCGGAAAACAGGAGUCAAAGGAGGGGGGGGAGGGGAGGAAAGCAGAAAUGGACACAGACCCACUCUUUGACACAGUGCCUUCAGCCAAUCCUGAGAGAAGCGGGGGGAGGGGGGGGGGAACGAGAAGUGUGCUAACACCCUCCCAGCCAAAGCUCACUCCUCUCAGAGGAGAAUACAGGAGGAAGCCAAUAAUAGUUGCUCUUCUUUUUCCCUGGUGGACAUAGUUUAAAAA